AUGGAGCACGUAAUUUCCAUGGAGGAGUUUCAUUCAAGAAAAGUUGAAAGAAGAGAAACUGGUGAAGCAAGCGGAGGCCAUGAUCAACCUGUCAGUGUUGUUGUUGCAACCGAGAAGCUGAGUAUUACAAUCCAUGAGAAUGAGAUAUAUAGUACCAGUUUCGAGAAAGAGAACUUUAAGAAAUUAAAGGAGGCGCAAGUCAAAGGGAAGAAUCGAUGGACUACAAAACCAAAGAUACAAAAGGUUCUAUUGUUGCGAGAUCACAAACAUUUCGAAAAGUACUGUGAGCCGAGGGUGGUAUCAAUCGGUCCUAUCCAUCAUGGUAAGCCAAAGUAUCGAUUAGCAGAGGAAUACAAGCUUACAUUGGCAGAAAACUUCAUUGAAGAAAGUGGCAAGACUGAUAAAGAAUUGUAUAUGGUGAUUAAGAACAACAUCGAGCAACUAAGGAAGUGUUUCGAUGAGGAGGUGAUUCACAAUUAUAAUGAUGAAGCCCUUUCAUGGAUGUUGUUUGUGGAUGGUUGUGCAACACUGAAAUUUAUAGACUCCGUUGUUCAUAAUAAUGUCAAAAGUUUCCAAAUUAAAAACGGUCAAGUGGCCUUUGUGCAACAGGAUUUAUUCUUGUUGGAGAAUCAACUUCCUUAUCGAAUUCUUGAUGAUUUAAUCAAAAACAGUAAAGAGGGUAAAAAAUUGAAGGAGUCGGUCCAAAGUUUCAUCGAUACGCAAAGUAUGACAAAAAAAACAGAGGAACCGCCACCCAAUAAAGAACCAGUUCAUCUUCUGGAUCUACUGCGGAAUAGACUUCUAGGCUGCACUCAUGACCUAAGUCCUAAAUCUAAUGAGAAAGAAUGGCAAUCAUAUCGCAAUGUUCAGGAGCUUAUAGCAGUAGGAAUCCAUUUGAAAUCCAGCAAUAGUAGUUGCUUGGGAAACAUAAACUUCACCAGAAACUGGAUUUCCUUAUAUGGCGCAAUCCUUUCGCUGCCUCCAAUAUUAGUGGAUGACUCAACCGGACCCAAGUUCUUCAACUUGAUAGCUUACGAGAUGUGCCCAGAUUUUGAAAAUGACUACGGGGUCACCUCUUACAUAUCCUUCCUCGAUUCACUCAUAGACGAAGCCAAAGAUGUUAUAGACCUCAGGAAAGAGGGCAUACUCCGCAACUUACUUGGCAGCGAUGAAGAAGUGGCUCUAGUCUUCAAUGAGAUAGGCACUGACUUGGUUCCUAACCCUGAAAUAUACAGAGAUGUCAGGUCCAAAAUCCAAAAGUACCAUGAGAAGAAGAGGAUGACCUAUAUAAAUGAAGUCAUUCACAACCAUUUCAGCAGCCCGUGGACAGUAGUGGCUUUCACUGCCGCAUUAUUCGCACUUAUUCUCAGUAUCGCACAGACAGUGUACUCUAUCUUAGCAUAUUAUCAAUGA